AUAUAAAUACCGGUGCAAGUCUUUGCACUUUGCAAUCCACUUUGAAAACAAUUAUGUUUUCUAUUCUUUUUGAAUUUGGUCUCGCGAGCUGGAAAACAAAGAUAUGCAAACAAUAUGAUGACUGUAUGAGAAACUUGAUGACUUUCAGAAAAGUGUUGAAAUAAUUGUUGUUUUAUUAGAUCAAUUUACGAUAAAAAUUAGAGAAAUUAUGUUUGCCAAAAUUCUACUUAUGCUGUCAGUCGUAUCUUCAAUUCGAUGUAAUCAAGAGGAAAGAAUGGACAACAUGAUUCACCACUUGAGCAAAUUUGUGGACGAAAAUGCUGACCCGGAGUUUGAUGUUGUAGAUAACGAAGAUGCCAUGGCGGAAAUUCGUAAAAUAAUUGAAGAUCAUGGAUUUAACUCUGACGAUCUUUUAUCUGAUAUAAGUUUCUUGUAUGGAAUUCCCGGUAUUUUCAAAUCAGGAGAUGCAAAGAGAUGGGCGAGCGUGAAUUUUUCCUAUCAAUUGGCUUGUUAUAGCGGAAAAACUGGUUCACUCUUAUCACAAGCAUGGUGGGCGUACACGAGAUUCAAUGAAUACGGAUGUUAUUGCGGUGGAGGAAAUUAUUAUGGAAAUUAUUUGGAUGCCACCGACCAUUGCUGUAAAGUGCAUGACCGCUGCUACGAUCGCGUUCAAUCGAAAUUCAAACUGGCACUCGGUUGUCAUACCUAUACAACACCUUACACCGUCUCUUGCUGCAAAGAUCAAAAAUACACCAAAUGCACAGAUUCAGGCCCAAGUGGCGGAAGGGGGCUUUGUGAAUGUGAUCAGGCUAUGGCAAAAUGUGUGGCAGCAACAAAAGGCAGUUACAAUCCGUCAUUAUUAAAGAACAGAAGUAACUGCAGAGACCCUAAUGGGAAGAAAUCAAAACCCUUGAGCCCAUGGGAGAUUUUAAAAACAUGCAAACAUGCAUUCUCUCCUGUUGUUACCGUCCCGCUUACAUACGGUUCGCAAGGCACUUGUCCCAAGAGUGGAGGAAGUAGUGGGUGGUUUUGGGGGUGAUGAGACACAGAAACACUCCAGUAUAUGAAUAAUCUCAA